CUACCCGCACCAAACGUCAAUGAGAUGUGGCUUUGAUGAGAUUCAAAACAUACCUUGCCCAUGAGGAUGGCAUGUUCUGUCUUACAGCCUAUAUGAGUUUGGCCUAGUUUCACAUCUUAAUCACUGGACACUGUCCUUUUGGACCUGUGUGCCCAUCAAGAUGACGUGUUGACAUCUGGAUUUGCUGCGGUCUCUGUCAGGCCGUGGUUUUUCCAAACUGCUCUGCACGCUGUAAUUACGAGAGAGAAUUGUGGGAAUGCGUGGAUCAACUCGAUCUAUUCAAGAAGAGGAUUUACCUUAAGGGGGAUGCUCAUUCUCAAAUUAAUCCUGUUCUCUCCCCCUCAGUUACGGAUGACGUCCUUCGCCAUUUUUCCGAAGAAGAGAGGAUAACGCUCCAUCAUACCUUAUUCUUUUGGAAAAGGGGGGACCCUCACGCUUUCAGACAGUGUAUGAGCUACAACCCACGCCCUGCUCACCUCCGACGCUGCAUGUGACAAAACCCAGAGGCGGUGGAUCAUACUCCAUCUGAGGUUGCAAAACAAUCUGCUUGCCAUUCUUUGGGAGAAUCUUGUAUCUACCCCAGGAUCCCUUUUUGGUGGACACACGUGAGGUUUACCAGUAAAGUAGGAUGCCUGGAGCCAGUGGCGUCAACGUGGAGGGGUCUUGUGAGGCCCUGUGUCGGACCCUGGUCUCCCAGAACGGCCUCCAAGGAGAGACGGCAGACAUCUCCCAAUCCGUCCUCUACACCUCACUGAUGGGCCUGCUCCUGGUUGCUGACAAUGAGAAAGAGCAGCUCACCUUAGGAAGUGGGAGGGUUGGCCUUAGAAACAUAGGAAACACAUGUUUCCUGAAUGCAGUGGUCCAGUGUUUGUCUCACACACGUGGCCUACGGGACUACUGCCUCCUCAAGUCCCACAUCCAUGAGAAGUUCUCCAAAGAGGAGGCCAAGCUCAUGGAGGCUUUCUCUCAGGUGCUGUCGGGCCUGUGGGACGUAAAUGACGGAGACACAGUUGUAAAUCCACGACAGUUUUACAAUAUUUUUAAAGAAGUGGUGCCUUAUUUCAGUGGGUACAGUCAACAGGAUGCUCAGGAGUUUCUCAGGUUCCUGUUGGACAAACUGCACACAGAAAUCAACCGCAGACCCUACGUUCGACGUCCAGGAAAGGAGCCUGAACAAAAAUACGCCAGAAUUAGUAGACUCUCCGAAGAGGCCGUUGCCAUGUGGAAGAAGCACUUAGAGAGAGAUGACAGCAAAAUAGGAGACUUGUUCUCAGGCCAGCUGCGGAGCUCGCUGCAUUGCUCGGUGUGCUCCCACUACUCCAACACAUUCGACGUGUUCUGUGACCUGUCGCUGCCCAUCCCCAAGAGGAGCUCUCUUGGGGGGGUCACGCUGAAGGAGUGCCUGGAUCUCUUCUCUCAGGAGGAGAAACUGGACAAGGAGAAUUCGCCAAUGUGUGAGAGGUGUAACAGGCAUACAGAGUGCACCAAGCGGCUGUCCAUCCAGAGGUUUCCGCAGGUCAUUGUGAUUCAUCUGAAUCGUUUCACAACAUCCCGGUGGUCUAUCAGUAAAAGUACAGUAUACGUGUCCUUCCCGCUAACUAACUUGGACCUUGGACCCUACGGACCCGUCGACUGUGGUCCAGUUUUUUAUGACUUAUAUGCAAUAUGUAACCACGCUGGGACGGUGAACAUGGGCCACUACACCGCCUGCUGUUCAGAUGAAAAUGGAUGGUGCUUUUACAAUGACUCCAGUGUGACUACCGUCUCAGAAAACCAGCUUCAGACCAAUCAAGCCUACGUCCUGUUCUACCAGCGCAGCAACAGCACCGCCACCAUCAGGAAAUAGGCCUCAGACUGGCUGAGUCAGGCAGCCAAUCAGAGUAACUUUAUCUCCAGUGUCCAUAGAAACAAAUGGAAGCGGUAAUGCUGCAACUCAGGCAUCUACGAACUUCUCAAUCUCAGUGAGCAUGGCCUUAAAUAAACUCAGAGGAGGAGGAGAGGGAAGCCAUGCCCAGAGUAAUGGAGACGCUUUUGAAGACUCUCAGCUAAAAGAGAGAUGAGACAUACAGACUAUAGCCUUAAGAGUCUCUGUGCCCCAAUUCCCAGGCAGGAGUCAGUGAGCCGUGUGCAAACAUUUGGGUGGAACAGAAACUAAGUCAUCAUGUCACAUCAUGACUCAGUUGAGACAUAGGACUCUUUGACUACAGUUUAUGCAGUUUUCUGAAAAUAUACGUUGAUAUGUAAAUACCUGUACCCUUUGCUUUUUUUUUAUCUUAAUAUCCUUUCACAUGGACGGUUUACCCUGAACCUUUAAAAUAUUGAAAUGGACUAUAUUUUCCUCUCUUAGCAAAAUGAUAAUGUCAAAGUAUGCAUAUAUGUCUAUGUAUUCUUUCUUUUUUUUAUAUUUGGAUCUAUUGCAAAAACAAUUUUGUACAUAUUUGUACAUAUGGUAUUUAUUGCAUUUCUGAUAUUUGAAACAAUUAAUAAAAAGUCUAAAACUCA